AUGGAGCUUUUCGCCGACGAGAAUAGACCGGACGGCACCGCAACACCUCAACCGCUCCGAGUGCUCAAGAGAUUCGGGCGUCAUACUGGAGAGGUCGGAAGACCAGGGAGUGUAAGGGGCGUGAGCGACUCGGACGAGAGCCGCAGCAGUACCCCCGAAGGCCCUGACAGGCCUUUGGUGGUCAUAAAGAAGAGAGGCAUGCAAAAUGGCAGAGAAACACCUGGACAGCUUGGUUUCAAACCGAGCCGUCAUCACCGCCCUCCUCUCCCAGCAUCAAAGAUUUUUCCCGACACUGACGACGAGGUUGGAGAUGAUACGAUUCGCGCAUCUUACGAUGGCAACGACCAGAUCGCACCCCUUUCAUCUUGCGGUCCUUUAUUUUCUGACCCGUUUAGUGCCCGUAUGCCAACGAGAGAUCCGGCAGUUCUUGUGCCUCGGAUUGUGGUGACGCCCGCAGUCAGAGCCAUAGAAGGCGAUAGGGGGGCUAUGUGGAUUGCUGUCGAAGUGUCGGCAGAGCUGUGCCAGCCGCCCGAUGGCACGUUUCUUCCAAUGACCCCCGUCUCCAACGAUGGAUUCCCGGUUCCUGGAACCGAACCUCGUCAGCUUGGAGAUCGAUACGGCUGCAUAUACGAUAUGGAUAUCCAACUCAUCCCUCUAGGAAAUAAUUGUAUCCUUGAGAUCAUCCAGGAAGACGAACCGACCCCCAGCAUGUUAUUUCCGGGAUUGAAGGUCCUUGUGCUUGCGCACGUUCACUUCGAGGCCAAGGGACCUAUCCCAUUCAGGCCAAACGGUCAUAUCCGGCAACGGUCAGAUGAGUUGAUCGAUGACCUUGAAGAUCAGCUCGGGAGCUCGAGGGUAGAGUAUCUCCGCAUCGUGGUCAAAUACAAGCACUCAGCAUUCCCCAAAUGCGGCAGGUCUGACACGGUUGACGGCGUUGCCGAUGUGAAGACCAAGCUGGAGACAUCGGCCACAGCCGCACUGCAGCACCUCAACCACAGAUCACUUUGGUCUCCGUGUGCAAUGCUAGCACCAAAUCCACUCUUUGGCAUCAUCCACCAGCACUGGCCGUAG